AUGGCAUCACAGAUCUCCCCCGGGAAGCUUGAUCUUUCCAAGAAACUUUCAGACUUGCGGUCAACCGACCGCCGGCCACAGACCAACGCUCGAGACCCCACUCCAUUAACCCCUCCUCUCCCCUCGCCGCCAGACCUCUCCGCCCAUCAGUACCGCCAACCAAUCCGUCGCAUUCUGUCCCCCAAGGAUCAUGAACUCUUCCUCUCCUCAUCUACAUACAAACUAGUCCUUGCAUUUGUCUUCGGCCUGACUGACUCCGUCCGUGGGCACUCCGUUCCGGACCUCCAAAAAAAGCCCCAGUCCGAAUCCAUCUCCAAGAUCUUCGCAGUCGUCACUCAGAUCCGAGCCCUCUUGACCAGGAACCCUGCAAUUGAUCAGGGUGGAUCUCGAUUUGGCAAUCCCGCCUUCCGUACAUUGUUCGACGAUGUUGCCGCCCAGAGCGCAUCAUGGCAUACCAAUAUUUUGGGGCUGAAAGACAACGCAGCCACCGAGGAGGCGUCUACAUAUCUCAUCAACUCUCUGGGCUCAAAAGACCGCAUAGACUACGGCUCAGGACAUGAAUUGAAUUUCAUGAUGUGGCUACUAUGUCUGUACCAGCUCGGUCUUCUCCCCGCCUCGGACUUCCCUGCCGUGGUGGUCAAGGUCUAUAUCGAAUACAUGCAUCUCAUGCGUGAAAUCCAAUCGACUUACUACCUGGAACCUGCUGGUUCCCACGGUGUGUGGGGUCUGGACGAUUACCACUUCCUCCCGUUCUUGUUUGGCGCCAGUCAAUUAGUCGGCCAUGGAUAUAUCACGCCCUUGGGAAUCCAUAAUACAGCCACUCUAGAUGAGGAAGGAGAUAAUUAUCUUUAUCUGGACCAGGUCCGCUGGGUGGACAGUGUGAAGACCGUCAAGGGUCUACGCUGGCACAGUCCCAUGCUGGACGAUAUCUCUGGAGCCAAAAACUGGUUCAAGGUCGAGAGUGGCAUGAAGAAGAUGUUUGUCAAGGAAGUCCUUGGAAAGCUACCCAUCAUGCAGCACUUCUUAUUUGGAAGUCUCUUGGCUCCUGCUGAAGGCAUGAGUGACCCCUCAGGAUACGACCAUGAGCAUGAAGGCCACGACCAUGCCCACGAUCAUGGACAUGGACAUGACAGUGCCGACUGGUUCGGUGACUGCUGUGGUAUCAAGGUACCCAGUACCGUGGCUGCGGGGGCUGAGAUGCGCAAGCGUAUGGGUGGAUCCAACUUGCGCCCAAUUCCUUUUGAUUAA